GUUGAAAGCGCACUCGGUUCCUUAUUAGGCGAAGAUACAAUAUUUAUUCCGUGUCUCCAGGGAUGAGGCUCCUUCUCUCUCUAUUGUCCUCCCAUUCCUCAAUGCUGAUGCUUAAUUUUCAAAACUUCUAUAUUACCAAGGGACCUACGACAUCAGCCGGAGAAAAACCCCGGCAAGUACAUAAUCCGAGCCAGGGAGCCGCUCGGUGCAGUGGGGAGAGACACGCGCGCGCACUUUGCACCGACACCGACUCCGACAGGCCACGAUUUCGCCAGUUUUUCCGGCGGAUUUUUUUUGUCUGCUCUCUCUCCUUUCUUUUCUCUUUCCUUCCUUCUUUACUGAGUUUAAUUCGGGCGACGAGAGCCAGGAUAAUCCGGGGAGUUUUGUCGGAAGCGCGAGAAUGUCAGCCACCUUUCCGGGACUGGUUCAUGAUGCGGAGAUACGUCACGACGGAUCAAACAGCUACCGUUUGAUGCAGCUCGGCUGCCUGGAGUCAGUGGCCAACUCGUCGGUGGCUUACUCGUCGUCGUCUCCGCUCACAUACCCGGCCACCGGGACCGAGUUUGCGUCGCCCUACUUCCCUGCAAACCACCAGUACACGCCCUUGCACCACCAGUCUUUCCACUACGACUUCCAGCACGGGCACCACGCGGCCGUGAACGCCGACGCAUACUACUCGCAGCAGUACUACCAGCAGUUGCACCAUCACGGCGAGCCGACCGACUUCAUCAACCUGCAUGGUGCGCGCGCGCUCAAGUCGUCGUGCCUGGACGAGCAGCGGCGCGAGCUGGGCUGUCUGGACGCCUACCGACGCCACGACCUGUCGCUAGUGAGCCACGGCUCGCAGUACGGUGUGCACCCCGAGCAAAGGCUGCUGCCGGGGGCCGGUCUGGGGCUUCCGCCGCCGGGGGCUGAUGACCUACAGGGGUCCGUGGACGCGCAAUGCGGGCUCAUGUUGAACGGACAAGGCGGGGUUAUCCGGCGAGGAGGCACGUGUGUGGUGAACCCUACAGAUCUGUUCUGCUCGGUUCCUGGCCGUCUCUCUCUCCUCAGCUCUACCUCCAAAUACAAAGUGACCAUAGCGGAAGUCAAGAGGCGGCUCUCUCCUCCAGAGUGUCUCAAUGCCUCACUGCUGGGGGGCAUCCUCAGGAGAGCAAAGUCUAAAAAUGGUGGUCGGUGUCUGAGAGAGAAGUUGGACAGGUUGGGGUUGAAUCUCCCAGCAGGCCGCAGGAAAGCUGCCAACGUCACACUGCUCACGUCUUUAGUGGAAGGUGAAGCUCUACAUCUGGCACGGGAUUUUGGCUACACCUGCGAGACAGAGUUUCCCACUAAAGCUGUGGGCGAACAUCUGGCACGGCAGCACACGGAGCCUAAAGAGCAGAACGCACGCAAGAAAAUGGUGCUGGCCACCAAGCAGAUCUGUAAGGAAUUCCAAGAUUUGUUAAGUCAGGAUCGUUCUCCGUUGGGUUCGUCGAGGCCGACACCAAUCCUAGACUUAGAUAUUCAGAGACAUCUAACACAUUUCAGUCUGAUCACACACGGUUUCGGCACGCCAGCGAUCUGCGCCGCUCUCAGCACCUUCCAGACGAUCCUCAGUGAAAUGUUGAACUACCUGGAGAAGCACUCGGCUAAUAAGAGCACGGGGACGCCGGACGGCGGCCAGAUCAACUCCAACACGGAAAAGACGCCGCUACGCAAGACAAACGAAGUGCCGUCAAAAGACGGGAAAAUGGAGAAAACGGAAUGACUCCACCCUCUUCCUAUCUUGUUUGUUUUAUUUCAUUUUGGCAAAAUUGCUGCUGUCUCACUUCUGGAUCUGAGCUCUGAUAAUGGGCGGGGUCUUAAUCGGGGCGUGGCUCAUACAGGGCGAGCAGUUGUUUUUUUUUGUUGGUUUUGAAAUGAGCGAUUAAUUUAUUCCUGGGUUAUUUUACUGAUGUGUCUUUAUAAACUAUUUUAAGUUAUUGGGUCUAGGGGUGGGGGAAGGGGUCAAAAAAAUGUUAAGCAGACACACAUUCCAAGGCGUCGUUUCUGAGGUCGUGUCGGAAAUGUAAAUGAAUCGCAGCGUCGUAGCUGUCGGUCAACUGUAUAUUUAAUGUGCAUGUUAAAGUUUGUACGCUGUUCUCGAAAAACCCUCACCGAAAACCGCAGAACUUCACCCACGUCUCGGCCGCAUUUGUAAAGAGGUUAUAUAUAAAAAUGUAUAAAACGGCGACUUUUCUGGCAGGUUUUGAAGUACAUAUAUGAAAUAUCCUUAC